GGUGGUGGGGGGACACCGACACUGUACAGGUAGUGGUGGGGGGACACCGACACUGUACAGGUGGGGGUCGGGGGUCCAGACACUUAACAGUCAGCGAAGUGCACAGACAACGCCGCCCCGGGAGGGAGUCCGUGUGAACUCCGGCACAUGAGCCACGGCGAGAGCGGGCAGCCCGGGCCCUGAGCCGCGGGGGGGGGCGAGGAGGAGCCCACUGCCCCGCACUGACUGACCCGAGUGCCGCCCGGCCGGGCCCGCGGGGGCGAGGCGGGGGGGAGGCCAGGCGCCGCCGCCGCCAUGCUCUGCUUUGUGACCAGGCCCGACUCGGUGGUGAUGGAGGUGGAGGUGGACCCGAAGGCGAAUGGAGCCGAUUGUCUGAGCCAGGUUUGUCAAAGGCUCGGUAUUAUAGAAGAAGACUAUUUCGGACUGCAGUACUCCGCUAACAAAGGAGAGACUCUGUGGCUCAAUCUGAGGAACCGCAUCUCACAGCAGAUCGACGGGCUACCUCCCUAUCGAUUCAAACUCAGAGUCAAAUUUUUUGUAGAGCCCCAUCUCCUACUUCAGGAACAAACAAGACGGUUGUUUUUCAUGCAUGUAAGGGAUGAUCUCCUCGGAGAGCGACAGCAGUGUUCACCAGAGCAGGCUGUUGAAUUAAGUGCAUUGCUAGCACAAGCUGAGUUUGGAGACUACAACCAAAACACUGCCAAGUACACUUACCAGGACCUAUGCUCAAAGGAUUUGGACACUACCACAUUGAACAGUAUUGUUGCAAAGCACAAAGAGUUGGAAGGAUCGAGUCAAUGUACAGUCGAAUACCAGGUUCUCCAGAUUAUAUCAGCACUGGAACAUUAUGGCGUUGAGUGGCACAUUGUGAAGGAUGGUGAUGGACAGAAAAUGAUGGUUGGCAUUGGGCCUGAUGGCAUUUCUGUCUGUAAAGAAGACUUGAGUUUAAUUAACAGGAUUUCAUACCCUAUCAUCCAGAUGGCAACCCAGUCAGGGAAAAAUGUCUAUCUUACCAUUACCAAGGAGUCUAGUGGCAGUGUAACAUUGAUGUUGAAAUUGAUCAGCACUAGAGCAGCAAGUGCCCUUUAUCGUGCGAUAACAGAAACCCAUGCAUUUUAUAGGUGUGACACUGUUACAGAUGCUGUCCUGAUGCAAUAUAGUAGGGACUUCAAGGGACACCUUGCUUCUUUGUUCCUCAAUGAAAAUAUCAGUCUUGGUAAGAAGUACGUCUUUGACAUCAAACGCACAUCCAAGGAGGUCUAUGACCAUACGCGACGAGCUUUAUAUAAUGCUGGCAUUGUAGACUUUGUCCCACGCAACGACCCAGACGCUCAGAACUCGCCACUUAAAUCUUCAGACAAUGAACUGAACUGUAACAGCUGUGAAGGGCUCAGCUGCCAGCAAAGCCAGGCACUCCAGGAGAAGUUUCGAAAGCUGAAAGAGGCAUUGUUAUGUAUGGUGUGUUGUGGCGAGGAGAUCAAUACAGCCUUCUGCCCCUGUGGUCACAUGGUCUGCUGUGAUACCUGUGCUUCCCAACUACAGGCUUGUCCAGUCUGUCGGUCCCUAGUGGAUCACGUUCAGCAUGUAUUCCUGCCUACUUGUGCCAGUUUACUCAACCUGACAGUGAUCUGAAUGUUCAAGGGAUUAAUCGCUUUAUAGACAGGGUGAGUCUAGAGCAAACCAGCAUUACAGAAGAAAAUAGGAAGUACUUCCCCUUGUUCGACCCAGUGCCGUGCAUCAGCUUGUAUUCAGCUAUCGUCUUCCUGCUUCUUCAUGGCAAAUUUUGGAAGUUUGAUGUGACUCUUGUGAGGCAUUCAAGAUGACUCCAAGGAAUCUUCAGAUCGAUUGUAUUAGACUGAUUGAUAUUUUUUAAAAAUUUCACUAAAUAAUCGACACAUCAUUUCUGAAUCAGUUGACCUGAUAAAAUAGUACUGUAGUAUUUCAUUUUUCAAAACUUAUUUUAGAUCUUGUAAUGAGUUGUUAUUACUGCCAGAACAAUCACUCGCCAGGAAAUGGCAUAGUCUUUCUCUGAUCAAAAACUCCUUACAUUGUUUAUUCAAGUUGUUUUGAUGAGUUUUUUUAAAAGAGACUUUUUAAAAUAUUAUUCUGCUGUUUAAAUUCCUAAUUUCUUUAAAUAUGAUGACUCCAAAAAACCUGCAAUAUUGAUGUGUGGUAGAAUGGUUGAGGUGUGUGUGGAUAUAAUAUCCGUUAGUUUUAUUGUUCAUCCUUUUUAAGCUAAUAACAUGGAGAAAAGCUGUUCCUUAAACCAGUUUUGUUUUAAGAUGGUUCUUAUUGCGUUGCCUCUGUACAGCAAAGAGUUAUUCACCAAAUAUGCAAUUCCAGGAGUUCUGCUCUUAUUGUCAAUGGCGCUGAAAAGCUCAAGUACAAAGGAAGGCAAAGGGCAUUUUAAAACCAGGUUUUUGUGACUUUUUCCAUCCUGAAAUGUGGUCAAUAAGUAGAUUCUUUCAGAUGCAAACACUUGCUCAAAGACUUGCUAGAAGACCAAUUUGAGUGCAAUACUGGCUGCUUAAGGCUAGGGUUAAACUACAGUGUCACUUUAUUGAGGAAUUUCCAAAGUGUAUUGUUCAUAGGGUUGCCUUAAUGUAGCAGCAAUGAGAUACUGUCUUAUGUACAGAUCUUCCUUUGCACAGAUGUUCAGACUUUUUAAAAAAUAUAUCGACUCAAAUCACAUGUUUAGCACAUGGUCUCCUGCUCAAGGGGUAUCUAUUUUUUCACUUUGUAUUAAAAAGAGUUUCCAGUUAAAGCAAAAGUUCCAUUGUGUAUGCCAGAUUAUCUUCUGUCUUUUUAUAUUACUUUAAAACAUGUUAAUAAAUUUUGUAUCAAUUAA